AUGGAAUUUGUUAGCGACCUCAACUGGACUUAUGAGCCUGAGCUCGACCCUAUGUUAGCAUGUCCUGUAAAUCCAGCUCCAGGAAGACUUGGAGGACCUUUUGGAUUUUACGUCGACUUUGAAAGUAACUGCCUCGUCAAGGAUAAUAUCAACCUCAACCUCAAGUUGGGUCUGGCAAUGUACUCCAGUCCAGUGCGCGGCUCACCAAUGACAAUAGAUACGGCGACGUUUGAGCCGCAUCCUCUCGGUUUGGGUAUCGAUUAUUCUGGCGACCAAAUGGCAUCGAGUGAACUUGACCAUGCGACAUAUUUCGAUAUUUACUCGAGACUCACUGAGUCCAGCAGUUCGGACUCUCUUUUUUCAAUGUCCAAUGACGACCUCUCGGAGCCAGAAACCGUACAUGUCGAGGAAUUAGAGCCAAAAAUUCCAGAACCUAUCUUGACAGGAGCAAGUCCCAUAAUGGAGAGAGCACAAUAUCGCCCUAAAUUAGUGGAUCUCUUGAGGAGCCAGUUUUCCCCAGAAGAAAUAAAGCUGUUUGGAACCUGUCUUCUUCAAUGUACUCACUGCACAGAAGAGUUCCAUCAUCAUCUAGACUUUGCAUUGCAUUUGGAUCGCAUUAGACAAAAUCGACCAUUCAAAUGCCCACUCAAAAGCUGCCCAUGGAAUGUGCUUGGCCACACCCGCAAAAUGGAUCUUCGUAGACACUGCAUGGCACAUUUUCCAAAGGGAAAGGCUGGCAGGGAAAUCGAAACCGUGCUGCCUGAGGAACGCCAACGUAUAAUGGAAAUGGUAUUUCCAUGCCAUUUGAAUUGCGGAAAGUACUUUUAUCGGAAGGACUCACUCAAACGUCAUAUAAAAUUGCUUCACGAGAACGAGGGGGCCAAGGCAAGAAAAAGGGCCAAAAAGUGA